AUGGUAGCGCCUGCCGUCCCUGAGCUCACAGAGGAGAUCCUCCAUGAGUCACUCGAUGCGAGAACCGAGUCGCUCGUUGCCCUGCGCGAGCUGGGUCCUCCCGAUCUCGUCCACCUAGUUAAGCAGGCGACGCGCAAUCAGGGAAAGCAGACCGGGAUUUACCACCAUGUCACCGGCGUCGAUGCCUCUUCCUCGGCUAGUCUCGCCGCCUACAUCAACACUCUGACGUAUAAGGAGCACGGUCAGAACACAAGCACCAAGAUUGUCGAGGGGGUCUACUGCUGCUACAAUGCUUUCUCGAGGCUCGAUAUGCGCAUACAUGUUUCGAUCCCCGGCACCGUCGAGAGUUACUGCAUCGACGAGCGCGGCGAUAGGAAGAAGGCAACCGAUGAUCUGUGGCUUGAGACAUAUCUCUGCAGCGUUCUGCGCGCGUACUCGUACGCCGACGAUGGCAGUGGCGACACGAUUCGCAAGAUUAUUGGCGUUCGACGCUUCAACCCUGUCACGAGCACCGAGACCGAACACCGCUUCCUGAAUGCUGCCGAGCAGCUCUUCUUUAGGGGAUGGCAAUUGGGCUCCGACUCUGUGGUGCAGCUGCCCACCAACGUGUCCAACCACCUGACUUCUGGUCUCCUCAAGUAUCUCGAGACGACGGGCCGAUACGCGUCCGGAAUCAACCUGUUUGAGAAGCUGCGCACUCAGAGUGUCGAGGUGUCCUCGCUGCUGGCCAAGGUGCUCUUCAUGGGCAACGAGGAGGUGUCCGGAGUCAGAACGCUGCACCAGUCGCUGCAGGACACACCUAUGGACUACGUCAUGCUCGAUACACAGGCUGAGUUCCUGCUCCAAAAGGCCCGCAAGGCGGCCAACCCCGAGCAGAGGGAGGAGAGGUUAAAGAUGGCACUCCGGUGCGCCGACCGUAGCACGAUUGCGGCUCCCAGCGAGUUUGGGACGUGGGCCAGGCUGGCACAGGUCUACGUGGCCAUGGAGGACUGGGGCAACGCGCUGACGAUCCUCAACUCGUGCCCCAUGUUCACAUACCAGGACAAGGAUGCUCCUGUUAUGCCUGAGCCGAGAGAGGUCCACCUGCCGACGCUGCCCGAAACGCGUCUCGACGAGAUAGACAGCGAGCCAGAGUCACGGUACGCGGAGCAGGUUGACCCCAGUCUCCUAGGACUACGUGCAGCCUCAUACAAGGGUACCUUUAAGCUGGCCUACAGCAUCCUGACCGAAAUGACGGCUAAGAUUGGAUGGGAUCAGCUGCUCAAGAUCCGCAGCAAUGUCUUUGUCAUGGAGGACGAGUACCGCACAGAGAAGCAGGAGGCCACUGCCUCGGGGCCGAAGCGGAGCCCGAGCGUCGACGGACUCCGUGGCACCCCAGAUGUGACAAUCAAUGGAGACCAUGAGGAGGAGGACGAUGAGGAUGAUGAUGACGAGGACGAUGAGGUCAAGGACGCCGAGGCCAAGACGGCCAAGACCAACGGUGAAAAGAGCAAGUUGGAGAAACCUACGAGCACCGUCAACCCUGAAGAAAUCAAGGAGGAGGGAGAGAAUGUGAGGAUUGCCAAGCAGCAACCCAUACAACAUCUACGGACGAAAGCUGACGAUGAGACGAUGCAGGGCACCGUCAACGACGAGCACCUUUCCAAGCUCAACACAAAGCGGCUGUGCGAGCGCUGGCUGGACAGUCUCUUCAUGGUCCUGUAUGAGGACCUGCGUGUGUACACCAUCUGGCGGACGCAGAUGGCACAGUACCGCGCGCAGCAGAUGCAGUACCGCAAGUCGGCCGAGGAGUGGGAGAUUCUGGGCUCCCUAGCCGAGCGUCUGCAGCACACGGACGAGGCCAUGGAAGCGUACCGGGCGUGUCUGGCCCUUCGCUUCAGCCCCAAGGCCCUGGCCGGCAUCCUUCGCAUGUACCGCAAGAGUAACAGCACGCGCGAGACGGUGCAGGCUAUCAUCCGCCUCGUAGCCUGGCAGUACCGCUGGUACAGCGAGUUCAGCCCCGAGCUGCUGCACACCAUCCGCUCCCUCAUCGAGGACGAGGGUGCCGUCAAGGUCAGGAGCAUCAUCCAGGCCACCAGCCUGCCUCAGAACGUGCUCGACCUGACGCACCACUAUGCCGCCCUGUGUGCUACUUUCCGCAGCAGCGGGACCGACGGUUAG